AUGACGCAGGUUUUAAUGUGUCCAUGCCCCGGAUUCGGGCCCCUCCUCUUUGCAGGAGGGUUUACUGGUGGUCGCCGGAGAUUGCAGAGAUACGUGCGGAGUGCGGUCUUCGGCGGCGCCGGUAUCUCCGCUGCAGCUGCACGAGGCGCCACUCAGAGGCGGAGGCGGCUGCCCUGUAUGGAUCAUAUUGCGAGACUCGUCAGCAUCAAGCUAAGGUCGGGGGCCCCUCCGAUCACUGAGAGCCUUCCUUUCAAUUGCUGGAGGUGUCGUCACCGCGCUCUCCCCCCCAUCCGGGGGACGGUUAGACGCUUCGACGCCUCCGGCGGACUCCGAGGACCGGGAGGUGAUCUAGUCCGAGGAGUGGGGAGUAACGAAGGAGGAGCUCGGCCGGACUGUCGCUCGGCUUCGGGGCCGGAUGGCAUCCACGGUCGGGUCUGGGCGGUAACCCUUUCUGUUCUCGGGGACCGCCUCAGGCGGCUGUUUGACGGCUGCCUGAUGGCGGGUCGGUUCCCCUCUUUUUGGAAGGUCGGUCGGCUGGUGCUCCUCCUCAAGGAAAAGCGCCCCGCGGACUCUCUCUCGGCGCAUCGCCCGAUAUGCCUGUUAAAUGAGGCAAGCAAGCUCUUUGAGCGCGUUAUAGCUGCCCGCCUCCAACGGCAUCUGGCGGGGGUGGGCCCCGACUCGGACAAUGCUCAAUUCGGAUUCCGCGGGAGCCGGUCCACGGUGGACGCUGUCCUCCGUGUGCGGGCCCUUGUGGAGGAGGCUGUAUCCCGGGGCGAGGUGGCGAUUGCUGUGUCGCUUGACAUAAGCAACGCGUUUAACACCCUGUCCUGGGGCCGGAUCCGAGAGGCCCUCGAAUGGUUCGGGGUGCCUCCCUACCUGAGAAGGGUGGUCGGGGACUACCUCAGUCGCCAAUCCAUCCGGUAUGUCGGGCGGGAUGGUAGUACGAUCUCGAGGGGGACCGGUUGCCGGGUUCCGCAGGGAUCGGUGUUGGGGCCGUUACUGUGGAACCUAGCGUACAAUGUUCUGCGGGGCUAUAUCCCUGAUGGCUCCAAACUGGUGUGUUACGCGAAUGACACGCUGGUGAUCGCCACCGGGGAUGACUGAGAAAGUGUCGGCCGACUGGCGUCCAGAUCGGUAGCGCUGGUCGACUGGAUCACGGAGUUGGGGCUAAGGGUGAUCUGGUUUGCCGGACCUCGGGUGGGGCGCCCCCCUUGGCCGCACAUAACGGUGGGGAGCAUCCGGAUCGAAAUCGGGACCCGGAUGAAGUACCUGGGUCUCAUUCUCGACAGCCGCUGGGGCUUCCGAGAGCACUUCGGCAGCCUGGCCCCCCGACUAAGGGCUGUCACCUCCUCGUUGGGGAGGAUGAUGCCCAAUCUCGCGGGGCCUAGGGAUGGAGCGCGCCGCCUCUACGCGGAGGUGAUGACGAGCGUGGCGCUCUACGGUGCGCCCGUGUGGUGGGUGGAGCUGCGGGCCUCCUGGAAGGCGGUGUGCACGGCGUCAGAGAUGUUGCCAUGGGCCGUUCUGGCGGAAGAGUACGCGAACCGUUACAAGUGGCGAGCGGCCCUCCGCCGGAAGGGGGAUGGUGCAGGUGCUCCUCAGGCACGGGUGCUUCGGAGAGUACCUGCAUCAAAUUGGGAGGAGGUCGACCCCCGGUGUCACCACUGUCGGGCGGCUCGGGACACGGCGCAGCACACCCUUGAGGAAUGCCCCGCGUGGACGGGUCAGCGCCGUGUCCUUACCAGUUUAAUUAUGAAUGACCUUUCGUUGCCCGCUGUGGUCGCGGCCAAGGUGGGCAACGAGAGGUCAUGGAAGGCGUUGGCCUUCUUCUGCGAGGAUGUCAUGUCGCAGAAGGAGGCGGCGGAGCGGGAUUGA